AUGUUGGGCUGGAUUGAGCGGGUGGUUCCCCAGCCCCCCGCGCCGUGCCUGAUGGAGGAGAGCCCCCCGGCCCCGGUCAUGGAGCCAGCCAAGGUGCCAGCAGGGAAGGCCAGCAGCCCCAGGGAUGCUGCAGACAGCACACGCACGCAGGAAACUGAAAAGAAGGUGGAAUUUGCAGUGCCUGAGGAGAUGGUCCCCGCAUCAACAUCGGUGUUUGAGAGCGUGGGGGGCAGUGUGCUCUCCUGGCUCUCCCAGGGGCUGGAGAAGGUGAUCCCGCAGCCAGUCCAUGCCCCAGGGACGCUGCAGGCACUCGGGAGGAGCUUCGAGACAAGCAUUGAUGUUCCUGACCAGACGGAGGUCCAGGUCCUCAAGGAUGAAGAAGAGGAUGUUCUGGAGAUAACCCCCUUCGACCCGGAGGAGGACGAGCCAGAUGGCUGCGAGACGGAGGCCGGUUUGGACACGGGUGCAGAGGACUGGGCAGGAGCACGUGUGCUGAGCUGGCUGGUGCAGGGCUUCGAGAGAAUGGUGCCGCAGCCGGAGAUGCUGAAAAAGCCUGAGCCAGAGCCGAAGGAGGAGAGGCACAAAGCUGCGGCAGGAGCAGGCACAAAAGGGACUAAAACCCAGACGAAGUUGAAAGAAAGUGUUUCAGCUGCCCCGAGCAUCCCGGGAACAGUGGAGCCAGCAGCUGCUGACGGGCAGUCAGAGCCUGUGACCACCAUCCUCCCUCGUUCCCUGGUUGGGGACAGCAGCAGCAUGUUUGGAUGGUUUGUCCAGGGGCUGGAGAAGGUGAUGCCACAGCCUGUGACCAGGGAGAAGCAGGACACACAGGGAGCAGCAGCGGCAGCCUUCAGCCCCGUGGAAGAAAUUCAUAUCGUCCCUGUGGAGCUUGUGGAGACAGACCUAGUUGUGGAAGACAUCAAUGACGACUGGAGCGAUGAAGUAGCUCACGAGCCAACGGCCUGGGUUGGCAUGGCUGAACUGGUGGCACAGGGUCGUCCUCUUCCCCCCAUAGAGGAGGAACUUCAGGAAGAAGAGACCAGGCUGUGCUCCUGCUCCCUGAGUGCUGCUGAGGAGGAGCAGGAGGAGGAGGGUGAAGAGGAGGAGGAGGAAGUGGAGGAGAAGAAGGAAGAGGAGGAGGAGGUGGAGGAGAGCGUGGGAGCCCCGCUCCAGUCUCCUUGCCUCCCCACCGAUGAGGGGCUGGAGGACGCCUUCUUUGCAGAAGAGGCCCUCAGUUUUGCGCAGCUAGAAGAAGCUGAGAUAAGUGAUCUAGAAGGUGCUUUUGUACAGGUGGAAGAGAAGACGGCUGAAGUUACUGAAACUGAUGCUGAAGGGCUGAGUCACUGCCUCACUGUGGGUGUCGAGGACGUGGACGGCGGAGGUGAUGCUGCAGAGGAUGAUGGCACCUGCUUGCCGCUGCCCACCCCUGGUGACCCCCACAUGCUGGUGGUGCCUGGUGCUGCACCAGCGUCCCCCAGGAAGAAGCUGCCAGCCCCCGCAGACAACUUGGAUGAGGCACCGGCGAGCUGGGAUGAGUUGCAGAGGGACAGCUUGCCCGAGCGCAUCGGUUCAGCCACCAGCCAGAGCAGUACCAUCAUCAAUGACCGGCUCCAGGAGCUUGUGAAGCUCUUCAAAGAGCGGACAGAGAAGGUGAAAGAGAAGCUGACCGACCCUGAUGUCACCUCCGAUGAUGAGAGCCCUUCAGCAUCCCCCUCCAAGCCAGUGCCCACAGCACCACCGCCGCCCCCACCGGGAGAAGUGCCACCAGGGGACAAGGCAGCAGGCGAUGAACACUACUGUGAGAUGCUGUGCUGUGCCUUCAAGUGCCGGCCCUGGCUGGACCGCCUGAAGAGCUACCAGUUCCCCAGCAGCAUCGACCCGCUCACCAACCUGAUGUAUGUGCUGUGGCUGUUCUUCGUUGUUCUGGCCUGGAACUGGAACUGCUGGCUGAUCCCCGUCCGCUGGGCCUUCCCUUACCAGACGCCAUCCAACAUCCACUUCUGGCUGCUCGUGGACUACGUCUGUGACCUCAUCUACCUGCUGGACGUCAUUGUUUUUCAGACCCGCCUGCAGUUUGUUCGGGGGGGAGACAUAAUAAGUGAUAAAAAGGCCAUGAAAGAGAACUACCUGCAUUCACAGCGCUUUAAGAUGGAUGUGGUAUGCCUCCUUCCCCUGGAUUUCUUCUACUUCAAAGUCGGUGUCAACCCACUGCUGCGUUUUCCCCGCUGCCUGAAGUACAUGGCCUUCUUCGAGUUCAACAACCGCCUCGAGGCCAUCCUGAGCAAGGCAUACAUCUACAGAGUGAUUCGGACUACUGCCUAUUUACUGUACAGCUUGCAUGUGAACUCCUGCCUCUAUUACUGGGCAUCAGCCUACGAAGGACUGGGCUCUACCACCUGGGUCUAUGAUGGGGAAGGAAACAGCUACAUCCGCUGCUACUACUGGGCAGUCAAAACCCUCAUCACCAUUGGGGGCCUGCCAGACCCCAAGACGCUCUUCGAGAUUGUCUUCCAGCUGCUGAACUACUUCACGGGUGUCUUUGCUUUCUCCGUCAUGAUCGGGCAGAUGAGAGAUGUGGUUGGUGCUGCUACUGCUGGGCAAACUUACUAUCGGAGCUGCAUGGACAGUACUAUUAAAUACAUGAACUUCUACAAAAUCCCCAAAACUGUGCAGAACCGUGUCAAAACGUGGUACGAGUACACGUGGCAUUCACAAGGCAUGCUAGAUGAGUCUGAGCUGCUGGUGCAGCUGCCGGACAAGAUGCGGCUGGACAUCGCCAUUGAUGUGAACUACAACAUCGUCAGCAAAGUGGCCCUCUUCCAGGGCUGUGACAGGCAGAUGAUCUUCGAUAUGCUGAAGCGGCUCAGGUCGGUUGUCUACCUGCCAAAUGACUACGUCUGUAAGAAGGGAGAGAUCGGCCGCGAGAUGUAUAUUAUCCAGGCUGGACAAGUGCAGGUGCUGGGGGGACCCGAUGGCAAAACCGUGCUGGUGACACUGAAAGCUGGAUCUGUGUUCGGAGAAAUAAGCUUGCUGGCAGCAGGAGGAGGAAAUCGGCGAACAGCAAACGUUGUCGCUCAUGGAUUUGCUAAUCUUUUCAUUUUGGAUAAGAAGGACUUGAAUGAGAUUUUGGUGCACUACCCAGAGUCUCAGAAGUUGCUGCGUAAGAAGGCCAAGAAAAUGCUGAAAAACAACAAUAAACCCAAAGAUGUGAAAGGACAGCCUGGAUCUCCGCUGAUCAUUCCCCCAAAGGCUGACACGCCAAAGCUCUUCCAGGCGGCCCUGGCUGCCAUGGGGAAGGCGGGAGGCAAAGGGCGUCUUGCGCACCUCCGGUGGAAGCUCCAGGAGCUGAAGGCAAUGCAGACAGCACAGGAUCCCAGUUUCAGUCCAAUCCCACCGAAGUCACCAGUGCACCGCAGAUCUCCUACUGCUUCCCCCAAAGCAAGCACCCCUCCGGGAGAAGAAAUAUUCUCAAAAUCUUCUGAUAAUUUAGUCGCUAUCCGUGUGAUUUCAGCAGCGCAGGAGGAUGAAGAAAUACUUGCUGCUGAGAUAUCGCAGAAAGAAGAAGAGGAAGAAGGGAAAUGAAAAAUAAGCAGAUCUGGGGGCUGGUGGCACAAGUAGGAAUUGGGCAAAUGCCUCAGGUAGAAGCUUUUAGUUGUUAAAGAUUCCUGCACAGCGGUUGUAGGCUUUGCUAGCUAAGUGCUGCAGAUGGGCUCUGCCUUUCUUCUCUGCUUAGUCCUUCAUCCACUGUUGUCAAAACCCUUUGACAAAUGACCCAGAACUAUACAAGAUUCCUGUGCUCAUUCUUACUGAGCAUCUGUAUGAACAGUCCCUAUAUAUAUCAGGCCAGCCCUCUAGCCUUGAGAUCUAACAGUGAGGGAGUGCAGAAGAAAAAUCGCUCUUUACAGCUCUGAAUGGUUAAUGAGUGUCUGUUCAGAUAAAGCAUGAGGUUGUUCACCUCCAAAAACUGAGUCACUGCAUGGCCAGAAACAAACACCAGAGGGGAAAAAAAAAAAAAAAGGAAAAAAAAAAAAGAUGCCUUUGUUGGACUUCAGGCAGCGGGAGGGUGACUCAUCUGGAAAGGAUCUGGACUCUGCUCAUAAGCCAAGCACAGACCAAGUUGUGCAGGCCCACAGGCUGCCGCAGCUCCAUCAGCCCUGGGUGCCCUGGCACACUGUGCCUGCUGCCGCCGGCAAGC